AUGGAGAAGCCAUCCCCCAGGAGAGGCCCGGGCCUCUGCUCCCUGCGCUACGGGCUGGCCGUGGUCAUGCACCUCUCCAACCUCAGCAUGAUCACUCAGCGGGUGGGCCUCAGCAUCGCCAUCAUCGCCAUGGUCAACGGCACACAGCAGCCCGCCCCGGCCAACGCCUCCGCGGACCGCCCUGCCGCCGGCCCCCUGCAGCCCCCCCUCGGGCCCCCCGGGGAACUCCACGCAGGGACCUCCGUGUACGCGUGGAGCCCCGAGACCCAGGGCAUCCUCUUCAGCUCCAUCAGCUACGGGAUUCUGCUGACCCUGAUCCCCAGCGGGUACCUGGCGGGGAUCCUGGGCGCCAAGCACAUGCUGGGGGCCGGGCUGCUGGCCUCCUCCCUGCUCAGCCUCUGCACGCCGCUGGCCGCUGACCUGGGCGUGAGCUUGGUGAUCGUGAUCCGCGUCGCCCAGGGCAUGGCCCAGGGGAUGGCGUGGACAGGCCAGUUCACCAUCUGGGCCAAGUGGGCGCCCCCACUGGAGCGCAGCAAGCUCACCAGCAUCGCGGGCUCCGGGGCCGCGCUGGGGUCCUCUCUCAUCCUCUGCGUCGGGGGGCUCAUCUCGCAGGCCUUGGGCUGGCCCUUCAUCUUCUACAUCUUCGGCGGCGUGGGCUGCGUGUGCUGUCUGCUCUGGUUCACCGUGAUUUACGACGACCCCAUGCAUCACCCGUGCAUCAGCCUCCGUGAGCAGGAGCACAUCGUGUCCUCGCUGGCUCAGCAGCCCACGUCCCCGCGGCGCUCCGUCCCGCUCAAGGCCAUGGCCCGCUGCCUGCCCCUGUGGGCCAUCUUCUCGGGGUUCUUCAGCCACUUCUGGCUGUGCACCGUCCUCGUCACCUACCUGCCCACCUACGUCAGCUCCGUGCUGCGCGUCAGCAUCAGGGAGAGCGGGGUCCUGUCCUCCCUGCCCUUCGUGGCUGCCUCCACGUGCACGGUCCUGGCGGGCCAGCUGGCGGACUUCCUUCUGUCCAGGAACCUCCUGAGGCUCGUCACGGUCCGGAAGCUCUUCUCGGCCCUGGGCCUCCUGCUCCCGUCGCUCUGCGCCCUGGCCCUGCCCUUCGUGGCUUCCAGUUACGUGACCACCGUGGCUCUGCUGAUCCUCAUUCCCGGGACCAGCAACCUGUGCGACGUGGGGUUCAUCAUCAACACCCUGGACGUGGCCCCCAGGUACGCCAGCUUCCUCAUGGGCAUCUCCCGGGGAUUCGGGCUGCUGGCGGGCAUCAUCUCCUCCACGGCCACCGGCUUCCUCAUCAGCCAGGACCCGGCGUCCGGAUGGCGGAACGUCUUCUUCCUGGCUGCCGCCGUUAACGUGCUGGGCCUGGCGUUCUACCUCACGUUCGGGCGGGCGGAGAUCCAGGACUGGGCCAAGGAGAGGGCCCUCACGCGCCUCUGA